ACCAAACUAUCGAUAAUUACUAUCGCUCGCUGGUCACCUCUGCUGCGGACCUGGUUGUUGUUGUUGUGGUCCGCCAAGUGAAUUUUAGCCAACUCUCUGAGAUCAAGAUUGAGAAAUAUCCGUAGACUGAGAUCAGAUCGGACUGCGGAAGAGGGGCCAACCAACCAGACGCUGAAGUAACAACCUUCAACUCCAGCCAUGGCCGCUGUGCUGCCGGAAAACGCGCUGCUGGCCAAGGCCUUGCUGUUCUUCUUAACGCUCAUCUAUGUGUACAACUCCUUCAUUAAGAAUCCCUGCACUUGCCUGCAGGAGGUUAAGAACUGGCCGCGCGAAGGCGUCAUCAGGCAUGACCAACCAACCAACCGACUUGAGAACAUAUCAGCAGCGGAACCGGCUGUCGUGGGAGCAGCCAUGACAACAGACAGGAGCACUCCCACAUGCAAUCUGGAUUGCGGUUCCGAUGGAAUCUGUGCCUUGGAGGCAACUGCCGCCAGUUCUCGUUGUCUUUGUCCCUUUGGCAAAACGGGCACUGGAUGUCAGGAAGAUAUUCGAGCCCAUGUGCCGCGUUUCGCCAAGCGAUCCUGGCUAGCAUUUCCGGCGCUCCAUGGCGCCUACAAGCACGUCCAGCUGCGCAUCGAAUUCCGUCCAGAGUCCUUUGACGGCAUUAUCCUGCUGAGCGGAAGGCGCGAUGACCUCACCGGUGACUUUAUGGCCCUGCUACUAAACAAGGGCUUCGUGGAGUUCUGGUUUGACUGUGGUUCCGGCGUGGGCAGCGUUCGAUCCCGGGAGACCAUUCUGCUGAACGAAUGGAACUCGGUGAUCAUCUACCGCCAUCGAUGGGAUGCCUGGCUGGUGCUUAAUCAUGGCACGAAGGUCCAGGGAAGAUCAAAUGGAUUGUUCUCACGCAUCACUUUCCGGGAACCAGUUUUCCUGGGUGGAAUUGGCAACAUAACUGGAUUGGCCAAGCGUCUACCUCUGGCCGAGGGAUUCGCCGGCUGCAUUCGUCGUUUUGUGGCCAACGAACAUGACUACAAGUUCACAGAGCAUCCGUUGGGCGAUGUCAUCAAUGGAUUUGAUAUACAGGACUGUUCCACCGACAUGUGUGUGAGGUAUCCUUGCCAGCAUGGUGGCAAGUGCCUACCUUCAGAUCAGGGCGCUAUAUGCCUAUGUCCAAUAGGAUUUGUUGGAGAUCUGUGUGAGAUUCGAAUGGAUCUACAGGUUCCCGCCUUCAAUGGCUCAUCUUUCCUACGCUACGCUCCACUGGGAGCACUACGCUCCACCCUCAUUUGGUUGGAUCUAAAUGUGACCCUUAAGCCCGAGCAAGCAGAUGGAUUGAUCCUGUACUCAGGUCCAGAGCAUCGAGGUGACUUUAUAGCACUCUACCUCAACGACGGCUUUGUGGAGUUUGCCUUUGAUCUCGGCAGUGGUCCAGUUUUAGUGCGGAGCGAACAUUCCCUCAGUCUGGGUCAAUGGCACACCAUCAAGAUCUCGCGAACAGCUCGACUGGCGGUGCUCAAGGUGGAUAAACAUCAGGAGGUCUUAACCAUUUCAUCAAACGGCUUCUGGCAUUUGUCGCUGGACCAGAAUCUCUUUGUGGGCGGCGUUAACCACGUGGACCGUCUGCCUCUGGACCUCAAGUACAAACCCUUCUUCGUUGGCUGCAUCCAGAAGAUCGACAUCAAUGGCCACUCGCUGGGCAUUGUGGCGGAGGCAUUGGGUGGCAGCAACAUCGGCAACUGCCCCCACGCCUGUGUGGCACGACCCUGCGGCCCCCUGGCGGAGUGCGUGCCUCAAAUGGAGAGCUACGAGUGCCGCUGCAGCAUCCACAAUGAGCGCUGCAACAAGGCCGCCGAGGUGCCGCCCGAGCAGCUGCCCGAGCUGGCUUUCCACAAGUCCAAGGUCCUCGAGACGAAGGACAAUGGAGAGGCGGCGAAGAAGGUGUCUGGCUUGGCGCACAAGAAGCAUUCCAAAAAGCACAGGAAUUUGCAUAAGCUAACCCCUGCCACGAGCACGACCACAAGCACCACCUCAACCACCACCACGACCACUGAAGCGCCUUCUGAGAGGACAGAGGAAGCCACUGCGGGGGCGCUAAGCAACGAGGAAAUCGAAGAUGAUAUCAUAUUCCGUCUUGUGCAGCAACAACAGCAGCAGAAGGCUGCCCCAGCCACCUCAGCCACGUCCAGUGGUCCACCUAAAGCAAAGCCCAGGCUUUCAGCGAAGCACCAUGCCAGCAAGCACGAGCACCAUCAGAAGCCCAAUGCUGCCUUCACCCGCAAGCUGAGUCGCCUGCCCACCCACUACGAGAGUUUCCAGACGAACCCCGACAGCGAUAUCCUCACCUUCGAGGACAACAAUAACUGGGUGACCAGUCUGCAGCAACAGGAGUACGGCGAUGCCAUGGCGGCCAGUCAGGUGCCAUUGGCCUUUGAGGAUGCAUCUCGGAAAUCGUCCUGGCCGGCGAAAUGAAACUGAACUUCGAUCCAAAUACACUGGGAACGGAGCACAAUGUGGAGACGGGCCUCCUAUGAAACGCUGCACGCGCGCCUCAAGACUUUUGAUAUCGACUUUUUUUUUUUAGUAACUAAUUCUAUUUA